AUGCGCGAGUGGGCAGGGAUCGAGGCGAACCUCGGCAAGUGCCGCAUGUGGAACCGGGGCGGCUUCGAACCAGCAGGGCAUUUGUCGUUGGGCCCAGACGUGCGGGUUGGCGGCGCCGGCACGCCUGAGGAGCACCGCGGCCUCAAGGUACUGGGCACGCCCAUGGGCACCGCGACGUUCGCGGCCCGGCUGACGCAGCAGAGGACGGACGAGGAGCGCAGCUUCCUACGAGAACUCCCCAACCUGCCAGACCUUAAGUGCGCUUGGGCGUUCAUGCUGUACUGCGCGGCGCCAAGGUGCAACCACGUCCUGCGCAAGCUGCCUCCGACGCUGUCGCGGUCCGACGCCGAGGCCCACGACCGCGAGCUGCUGGAGGCGCUGCACGACCUCCUCGACCUCGACCCCGCGCCAGCUGAAGCAGAGAGGCUCUUCCGAGUGAGCUCGCUGCCGCUCGGCCUCGGAGAGCGCUUCCGGGCACUGCUCCAGAGACGGCUCCGCUCGCCGCUGGACGCCACGGCAAGCAGGUGCAACGGGCGCUCCUGCCAGGCCCACUUGGACGAGAGAGGCGACCACAGAGCAACUUGCCCCCGCAGCGGACGCCUGCUGAAGCGCGGCGCUCCCAUCGAGCGGAUGCGGGCCCGGGUGUGCCGGGGGGCAGGAGGCCGUGUCCGCACCGACGUGUUCCUGCGCGACAUGAACCUCCCGGGCAUUGCCGCCAACGACGGGCGCCGCAUCGAGGUGGCGGCUAACGGCCUCCCUGCCUACCACGGCAGGACUCGCGCUGAAACGGGCGAGGCGCCGCAACAAACGACUUACCCUGAGCUGGUGGGCUCGCGGCGGGGCUACCUGCUCGUAGCCGGAGCAGAGACGGGCGGCCGCUGGGACGAGGAGGCGUACAAGCUCCUCGUUACCCUGGCCCGCGCCCAGGCGAGGAGCGCGCCAGCGGCGCUGCGAGGAUCGCUUACGACCGCACUGCUGCACAGGUGGAGCGGCAUGUUGGCGCGCGCCAUCCACGACGCCCUGGCCGCGAGCCUGCUCGAG